AUGGCCCGGAGUCUCGUCGUCGAUGUGCACACGCAUCUUUACCCUCCUGCCUAUAUCGAGCUUCUCAAGGAGCGAAAAGACAUCCCUUACAUCCGUCCUUUUCCGCCUUCAAAUCAGCUUUGUCUUUGUAACCGCCCGCCACAAAAUAGCAGCGCACAGGGUUCCGCCAAUGGAUCCUCAAAAGUGCCUCCAGGACGGAUACUGUAUCGGCACUACUAUGAAGUAGACGAAAAGAUCGCGUUCAUGGACCACCACCAGAUAGAUGUCUCCGUCAUUUCUCUCGGCAAUCCGUGGCUGGAUUUCAUGCCGCCAGACACAGCUGGGGAUGUUGCGAUCAAAAUCAACGACGAGACGAAUGAACUGUGCAAACUGUAUCCAGGACGCCUAUUCUUCUUCGGGGCGUUACCCCUGAGCGCUCCUGAGUCCAUCAUUCUGGCCGAAAUCUCCCGGCUGAAGACGGUCAGCCAAGCACGAGGCAUAGUCAUGGGCACUGGAGGAUUUGGCGAGGGCCUCGACGACCCAAAACUCAUUCCGGUCUACAAGGCGCUCGCGGAGUCGAGUAUGCCAAUUUUCCUGCAUCCAAACUAUGGACUUCCUAGCUCGGUUUGGGGAAGCCGGGGCUCCGACUACGGCCAGGUACUGCCUCUGUCUCUCGGAUUCCCCAUGGAAACGACGAUUGCAAUGACGCGGCUCUUUCUCUCGGGUGUCUUUGACACUGUUCCUGAUCUUCAGAUCAUUGUGGCACACAGUGGCGGCUGCCUUCCAUUCCUCGCUGGGCGUAUUGAAGCAUGCAUAGAGCACGACAAGAGAUUGGAGGCGGACGGGAAGUUAACCAGUGAUCGGAAGACGUUGUGGGACGCCGUGCGCAACAACAUCUACCUGGAUGGCGUGAUAUUUGACAAGACGGGAUUGAAGACAGCUAUUGAGGUUGCUGGUGUGGAUCGAGUGAUGUUUGGGACGGAUCACCCUUUCUUUGCUCCGUUGGACGAAGGAAAGACGUUCCCGGCCAUGACGGUGAACAGAGAUGCCGCCAAGGAGGCAUUUCCUGAGGAUGAUACGGAAAGCUACGAUUUGGUCAUGGGUGGAAACGCCGUCAGGGUGCUGCAUUUGUAGUAAUUUACGAGCGUGCCCGAGUUAUCCCGUCUGUGCCAGUGCCACUAAUCGAGCCUGCUUAGAUACAUAAGGCAAUGAACGAGAUAUACAAGCC